UGUGCGGUGAGCUCUGCAGCGGCCGCACAGUCUCAAAGCCCCGCGGGCGAGCGCAGCAACUGCGAGCUUCCGAGCCGGAGCCCCGCCGCCUCCCCGUCCAGCCCCCGCGAUGCAGCCCUGCCUGUGAUCAGCGCCGACGCCAGGACGCCCCGCCGCACAACUACCUCAGAGCCCCUCCGCCCGCCGCGCCGCCCCCUCCCCCAGGUUUCUACACUGCCGUAGGGCGCCCCCCUGAGGCCGCCUCACUUCCCCGCCAUGUUCCAGCGCCUCACCAGCCUCUUCUUCAGUGCUCCCCCGCCCCCCGAGGACCCCGAAUGCCCCCGAGCCUUCGUGUCCCAGGAGGAUGAAGUGGACGGCUGGCUCAUCAUCGACCUGCCGGACAGCUACGCGGCCCCACCCAGCCCCGAGGCCGCCCCCGCCCCCGCAGGCCGGCCCCCGCCCGCGCCCUCCUUGAUGGACGAGAGCUGGUUUGUUACCCCUCCCGCCUGUUUUACUGCAGAGGGGCCCGGAAUCGGGCCCGCCCGCCUCCAGAGCAGCCCCCUGGAGGAUCUCCUCAUCGAGCACCCCAGCAUGUCCGUUUACGUCACCGGCAGCACCAUAGUGCUGGAGCCUGGGCCCCCUUCCCCGCACCCCGACGCUGCCCUGCCUGACGGCGACCUUAGCGAAGGGGAGUUGGCGCCCGCCCGCCGCGAGCCCCGGGCCCUGCGCCACGCCGCCGCCCCCCUGCCGGCGCGGGCCGCGCUGCUGGAGAAGGCAGGCCAGGCGCGGCGGCUGCAGCGGGCCCGGCAGCGGGCCGAGCGCCACGCGCUGAGCGCCAAGGUGGUGCAGCGGCAGAACCGCGCCCGCGAGAGCCGUUCGCGCCGGCCUAGGCACCAGGGCAGCUUCGUCUACCAGCCGUGCCAGCGCCAGUUCAACUACUGAGGAUCCUCGCCGAACCACAGACCCCUCACCGACUCCCGACCCCUGUGGGGCCCCUCUGCCGCAGCCAGUGUGUUGCUCGAGGAGCGCCCGCAGCUCACCUGGGUUGGACACUACAACCUCCCUCAAGCGAGGUGGGGUGCCAGCCUCCCCCACCCUCGAUUUUCCCACGUCUGAUCCUCUAAUCCGCCUCAGAACAACCCCCCUCCGGCCCCAUUUCCACAUUUCCUCCAUUUCCUUCGCCCUGGACACUCCAUUCUUCAUUCCUUCUCUGGCUCCUGUCCCCGUCUCUGCCCUGACAUUCCCCUACACCCUUGCCCUCUGGCCCGCUCCUCCUCCCGCUCUUUUCUCCUCCCACAUCUAGCUCACUCCCCGCCUUCCACUCCCACUUUACAAGCCUCACCCAUCUCACCUUUGGCACUAUGCUCACUCCUCCCUUAUUCAUUCCCAGUAAUUCCCUCCCAGGUGGUUGGGGGAAUGGGCACCGAGACCAAAGGGUUCUGCCUUGAGUCUCCCCCUUCCCUCUCCCCGUGGAGUUGUUUAGGCCCGGAAAGGUAAAGUAUGUGGAACAGGGCUGUGAGAUGUGUUAGAGGGAGAAGGUGGAGGGAAUCGAAGGAAGAGGCAGCCUACUGGAAAUGUAGACAAGACACACAGAUUAAGAAGCUGUAGGGAGCAGGGCACCAUGGGAACUGGCACUGUGCUUGCUCUGAGAGGCUAAGCCCUCCUCUUGGGCUUGAGCCUGAAGUCUGCCCCCACCUCCCUUUCUGAUCAUCCCACUUCCCAAAUCUUUUCCAGAAAUCCACCCCUCUGCAUGCCCCCAAGUCUGAAGGGCUUAGUAUUUUGUUGCCCUACCCGCAACAUGUCACCCCAGGAGUAGAGGCUGGCUGGGCAAGGCCCUGCCAUCCUGGCCAUCUGUUCACAUGCCUAAGGUGCUAGAACUAGUUUAGGAGAGAUGCAGGCCAGAGGGCUUCUGUCUAGGCAGGGAAAGUGCAUCCCCCAGAGUAAGAAUACAAGGGAAUGACACUGGGGAGGACAAGCUGUGGGGUGAAGCCAUCCCAAGACUGACAGCUCAGCCUUCAUAUUGCCUCUGGCCGUGUAUUUCAUUUCACACUCUGCCCAGGAUGGCUAAUAAACACUCCUGGGUAGGAAGCCAGGAGCUCCACUGGCCCAAACCCCAAAUAGUUUGAUUCCAGGUUCAGGGCCUCCAGGGGGCCUCUCAUUUCCUCCCCCAGGGCUCUUCCUUUCUAGUCUGAUGGGGAGAAAUGGGUGCCCUAUGGUUCCCCUUGUCCUCUCCUCCAGUAAGUAACUGGAGGAAAGAACCUGAGUCCCUGGGUGAGACAAGAGGGGACACAGGCAGACAGUGUUGCCCUUCUUGUGGUGGGAGUGAAUUUUGGGCUCAGACACCAGCAACAGCUUCUUGGGAUACCCCGAGUUGCUUCCCUUUUCCUCUGUCCUUUUUUAGUGUGUGCUCUUUCUUCCUUGAAACUUUUAAGAUGUCCUGUUACAUACUAACAUAGGUCUUCCCCCUCACUCCAAUUCCAGGUUUCUUGGCCUCAAAGCCAAGCUGAGGCUUGGUUAGAAAACUGCAAUCCCAUGAGGGUAAAGGCAUCUACCCUCCCUGAUCCUCUAGCCCCAAACCUCAAAUUGAGUAUAUGGAUAAGGGAGGGGGUAGCCCCAUGGUUGCUGGGAUGGAGGCAGAGGAAGUUCCUCUUGGGGCUUCCUAUCCAAGGGAGUAAACCAAAUCUACAGUCAAGACAGAUCAAAGUCCCAUUAGGGCCCCAGUGGUUGACAACCUUGCUCUUCUCACCAAGGUUCUCCUGCAGUUACAACCUAGUUGUGUUUAUUCUUCCAGCUACCCAGUGGUCAGUCACUUCACAGCCAGCUUAGGGUCUUCAACACUUCUGAGAGCUGAAACUCAUUAUCUUCCUGCCUACUCCUUUGCUGCCAGCUGGGACACUGGCUCAGCCUGGGCAGUUCCCCUGAGCCUUUGAGGGGGAGGGGUUGGGAAGAGUGGGUUAUAGGGCAUUUGGUUCAAAUUUCAAAAGGCCCCUCCCUCACACAUAUUUCUGGAGGCUCCUGUAGUUCUAGAACCCUGCAAUCCCAUCACCUGGCUGGUGGUAAGGCUCACAUGUUUUUGUACUUUCCUAUAGACUCUGUAGCAUUUGAGUGGCAAUAUUUUAAUUGUGUAUAGAUUUCUAAGAACCAACACUACUCAGUCUCCUGCUAGUCUGACUCCUGAAGCAUCAGACCUCGUCAUACUGUAUUGACUGUGUAUGUGCCUUUCACCUUGAGCAUGCUUCAGGAUUUUUUUUAAACCACAGAACUUGAAUAUGUGAGGGAACUAGAAUUCACAAAGUCCUAUGCAACCUUAGACAGGAGGGGGUGAGAGUCUGUCUUGACUGAUGUUUUCAGAGACCCUGGAGAAGUUUGUAUUAAUUAAUGUCAAUACUACCAGCACUUUGCCAAAACUGAGUAUGUCAGAGGGACCCCUGUUUCUAGAGACCUAAGACAUCAAAGGGCGACGUCCAGUUAUUCCCCAAUAUGCCUGAGUGCUCCCUUCAAGCUAGUUGUCACCUUCCAGCUUUUGCCAGUUUGGCCCCAGGAGGGAACCGUGUGUGUAUGAAUGCAGUUUGCUGCUCUUUUGGGGUAUGCCUGCUUCCCAGCCCCCACCUGGAGCCCUGAUCAAUUUGUUCUGACUUGUAAUGUCUUAGGUGCAACAAGGACCCCACUAGAGCUCUUGGAUGCCUCCUCAGAUCCAUGUGGCUUUAUGUGAGGGGACUGAAUGCAGACACACCAUAGCCCCUUGAAUCCUCCCUCUUCCCCUGCCACUAGUUCCACAUGAAACCAACAAGUUGAGCGUAUCCCUCUUAGUUGUUUUGUGUUAGACUGGCUGAAAUGAGAAGACUGUGGUUGACCAUGUUGUGACAUGUUGACAGACUCAAGGACACAACCACCUCGAUCCAGUCACGUGGCAUGCCUGUGUAUGUGUAUAACAGGAUUCUGAUUGUUAGAUUUUAAUGUUAUUCCUCUAUGGGAGAAAAAAAAUUAAUAUAAAGAAAAACAAAUAAAAAUCUAUUUAAAGCACA